UCUGCCAUGGUAAACAUAUCUCAGGGUAAUUUCACCAGUGAAUUACUUUACGAGAACUUCUUGAAAACAUUAAUAUUUUCCAUUAUGUCUACAGUUCCCUCCUGUGUGUUUCUCUUCAUAAAUGGCACUAUGCUGUUCACUUUGAGGAGUAAACCGGUGUUUCGGGAAACUUGCCGUUUUAUUCUCCUCUUUAAUCUCCUUCUUGCAGACACUGUUCAGCUGGCUCAGAGUCAGGUUCAAUUCCUAUUGUCUGUUUGCAGAGUUAGGCUGGUAUAUUCUCUCUGUAUUAUACUCAGCAUGCUUGCUAAUCUUACAACUGGGAUUUCUCCUCUCACUCUGGUGUUGAUGCCGUUGGAGCAGUAUGUGGCUGUGUGUUACCCACUGAGGCACGCUUCCAUCAUCACAGUCAGAAACACAGCAGCUGCAGUCAUUGCCGUUUGGGCCGUCAGUUCACUCAACAACCUGACUCGAGUUUUGCUGUUUUUGAAGUUUCCUUUUGAAAAGAUGGAACUUUAUGAUGUCUGUUCUAACAUUGCUUUAAUUCUGGGGGUUUUGACAGCAGAAUACGACAGAGCGUACACUUGUGUGCUGUUUGUAUCUGCAGGUGUGGCCGUCACUUCCUCAUAUGUGGGGGUGAUAGUAGCUGCCAAGUCGGCGUCCACAGACAAAGCUUUAGCUCGUAAGGCUCGUCACACUCUGCUGCUGCAUCUGGUGCAGCUGGGACUCAGUCUGUCUUCCACCAUCAACAACCCACUGAUCAUUGCUCUGUCUAAAGUUUUAACACGGAUGGCGUUUCUGUGGAUUCAGAAUGUUUUUUAUGUCACAUUCAUAAUAUUUCCCAGAUGUAUGACCUCUCUAAUCUAUGGACUCAGAGAUCAGACCAUCAGACCUGUUCUCCUGUACCAUCUGAGCUGUCGUCUGAAAGUUAGAAUCAGAGACUAA